AUUUGCUCUUCUGACACGUUUUCUCCUUCUUCAGCUUCGUGCGUGUUUUGGAGCGGGUCUGAAAACUGGACUCCCCACAGCAGCCCCUUCCUGUUCCACUGAGGACGGCUAGAGAGACUUCCCCUUUAAUUCCAGCCUACAGCGCAGGAUUAUGGUGCAUUACUGUCUACGUUGAUACCGUGGAGGCCGGCCGUGUGAGCUCUCUCUGACCCCCCUGCUCUCCUCUCUCUCUCUCUCUCUCCACUCUGUUCUGUCUUCUCUCCUCGCCCCGCUCUCUUUUCCACCAUGCACCCGAUCGCCCUGCUGCUCCUGGUCGCCUCGUGGUUGCUUCUGGCUGGCUUGAGCCGCGGCUACUUCCCGGAGGAGCGCUGGAGCCCCGAGUCUCCGCUGCUGGCUCCGCGGCUGCUCACGGCGCUGCUCUGCCGCAACUCGGAGCACUCUCUGCCGUAUGUGCUGGGAGCCAUCGACCGCCUCAACUACCCCAAGGACCGCAUGGCCCUGUGGGUGGCCACGGACCACAACGUAGACAACACCACAGCUAUGCUGAGAGAGUGGCUGAUAAACGUGCAGAACCUGUACCACUAUGUGGAGUGGAGGCCACAGGAGGAACCCAGUGAGUACGAAGAUGAGGAUGGUCCGAAGCACUGGUCCAACGAACGUUACGAGCAUGUCAUGAAGCUACGGCAGGCGGCACUGGAGACAGCGCGGGAAAUGUGGGCCGACUACUUCCUGGUGCUGGACUGUGAUAAUCUCCUGACUGAUCCUGAUGUUCUGUGGAAGUUAAUAAAGGAGAAUAAGACCGUUGUGGCUCCAAUGCUGGAAUCCAGAGCUGCGUACUCAAACUUCUGGUGUGGAAUGACCUCUCAGGGCUACUACAAGCGCACUCCGGCCUACAUGCCCAUGAGGCGUCAGGAGCGGAAGGGAUGUUUUGCGGUUCCGAUGGUCCACUCCAUGUUCCUGGUGGACCUCAGGAAGCAGGCAGCCAGCCAGCUGGCCUUCUACCCGCCGCACCCGGACUACAGCUGGGCCUUCGAUGACAUCAUCGUCUUCGCCUUCUCGGCCCGCAUGGCAGAUGUUCAGAUGUAUGUGUGCAACAGGGAGACUUACGGAUACUUCCCUGUUCCUCUGCGGUCCCAUAAUUCAUUGCGAGAUGAGGCAGACAGCUUCCUCCACUCCGUGCUGGAGGUCAUGGUGCGUGGUCCUCCGUUGGAGCCCUCCAUGUAUCUUUCUCUUCCUGCUAAGCAGCCUGACAAAAUGGGCUUUGAUGAGAUAUUCAUGAUAAACCUGGUGAGACGGCAAGACCGUAGAGAGAGGAUGCUGAGGACUCUGUGGGAGCAAGACAUCACCUGCAAGAUCGUAAACGCAGUGGACGGCAAGGCAUUGAACGCGAGUCAGAUCCGUGCUCUGGGUAUAGACAUGUUGCCAGGAUACAGUGACCCGUACCACGGCCGGCCGCUCACUAAAGGAGAGCUGGGCUGCUUCCUGUCCCACUAUAACAUCUGGAACGAGAUUGUAGAGCGAGGUCUGAAGGUCUCUCUGGUGAUCGAGGAUGAUCUGCGCUUUGAGAUUUUCUUCAAGAGGCGUCUUCAGAACCUGAUGCAGGAAGUGGAAGCGGAGGGACUGGACUGGGACUUGAUUUAUAUUGGGAGGAAGAGGAUGCAGGUGGACCAUCCGGAAAAAUCUGUGCCCAACAUCCACAACCUGGUGGAGGCUGACUAUUCCUAUUGGACGCUGGGCUACAUGAUCUCAUUACAAGGCGCUAAGAAGCUGUUGAGGGCGGAGCCUCUGAAGAAGAUGCUUCCAGUCGACGAGUUCCUACCAGUGAUGUACAACAAGCACCCAGUGGAGGACUACAUGUCCCACUUUGAGCCGAGAGAUCUUCAGGCGUUCUCGGCCGAGCCCUUGCUGGUCUUCCCCACUCACUACACGGGUGACCCCGGCUACAUCAGCGACACAGAGACGUCCACGGUGUGGGAUAAUGAGACGCUACGGACGGACUGGGACAGGGCACGCUCCCGCAAAACCCUCGAACAGGAGGAGCUCAGCUCCGAGGCCCAGAACACGGACGUCCUGCAGUCAGCGCUGGACAGCACAGCCAGGGAUGAGCUCUAAGAGCCAGGGACUAAACUGGGACUGGGGGGUUAGUGAGUAAUUUAUAAGUGUCAGUUAUUCGGUAACUACUCUAAAACGAAUGUGUGUGAGAGCGAGGAGCUGAGGCGUGGGACAGUGUGUCGUAUGGGGUCCACAGUUCAGUUCCUCGCUCUCAUAAGCAGGUAACUUCACACAGUAGGUUCAUAGCAGCUGCUUCAAUCUUCUUUUGAAUUUCAAACUGUGGAUUUAACUGGCCGACAGACACACUAAUGCUCAGUGUUGAUGACCUUUUACAGCCUGGCAAACGAACAUUCUCUUAUUCCUGAGUUUUAGGAGGUUUUAGGGAGUCUCCCCCUACUGGACAGUGUGUGUUGGGGGCAGUCAAAGAAAUACACUAUAUUCUGUUUUAAGCAAUAUAAAUGAGGUAAGCAUGUACACUCUUUAAGAUGGUUCUUCAAGGGUUCUUUAGUAAAGAAAAUAGUUCUGUAUAGAGCCAUGAACACUGAAGGAACC